GAAUUCUCUACGAGUGGAUUGUCGUGCGGUCUGGGUCACUCUGAGAUGCAGUCGUUCAAUUCAACAGAGGAACAAGGCUGCAGAAUUCCAGAUAUUAACCCUUUUGACAAGAAUGCCAUGUCUUAUUUCAUUACGAUGGCACCCAUGACUUGUGAGCUUAAAGCAACGUUGUUUACUAGAUACCUGGAUGGGUAUUUGAAGGUUGUCAACAGUCACGAUAGAGGUAAUGAUAAUGAUCGGAAGUUUUUGGUAUUUUCCUGAUCAUCGUAACCAAAAAAUGUAAUGGCUGUAAUCUCGAUCAGACAAAUCGUGUAGAAAGAAUUCGCCCAAAGAUCCCAUUAUGACCUUAGUCCUUCAAAUUGGGUCUCAGCACUCCAUUUUCUCUUUCAGAGUUGGAUAUGACAUGAAUACAAGCUUAAGUAAUGUCGAGUUGUUACAUUGCAUUGGGAAGGGGAGGACAAGGAGACUCGAAAACCACACUUUCAUUUUCAAAUAAGAAUCGAAUGUAACCAAGGUAACGCAAGAAUCGUCUCAUACUAUUUAUCGAUUGGUCUUUAACUGUGCCACAAACCUUUCAAGUAGACAAAUCAGAUUAAAAGUAAAGUCAGUUAAAUUAAUAGCCUUAUUUAUUGCCUUAUUUGGCGCAUGAUGCUUUUCCUUUUCCUGAUUUCAUAAUUACUGUGAUUACUCUAAGAUUACUUAACCAAGAUUCGAUCGAAAUGCGGACUAUUUUGUUAAAAAUAACGUUGCUGACAUUUUUUAUUUACAGGAGCACCUUUGAGGAGUAUUUCAGUUCAAACUAUCCACAGAAAAAACGCCUCUGAUUCGGGGUUCACUUUGGGAGAACCGACUCUUUUAAAGUACAAAGGCCCAACUUUGAAACUAGAACACGACUUUCUACAAAUCAAUGCCGAGUUCUCCAACGGAAUGAUUCAAAAGGAUUUUCAUGCACAAGUAAUCCCGAAACGAGAGGUCUUGCAACGAAAUGCCCGACAGGAAACUGGUUUACCUUUCAAUGUCAUAAUCCUAGCAUUAGAUCAGACAUCACAGGCAACUUUCCAACGUCUCUUACCAGAUUCGUUCAAGUUUCUUCGUGAUGAGCUCCAGUCCUUUAUAUUUGAGGGAUUUUCUCUUGUGGGAGAGGCGACCACACCCCAAAUCACAGCGCUAUUUACUGGCAAGACUGUGGAGGAGAACUGUAAAUUGCAUGAAGCACGGAUUGGAUUUGACGGCGCCAAGACUUUAGACGGGUGGCCAUUUAUUUUCAACACCUUUAAGGAGCAUGGAUAUGCUACGAUGUUUAGCGAAGAUGCACCAUCAAUUGGUAAGGCAUAUUUGUAUCUUUUCACAAUUUUUUGUGAUUGGAUUUUGUUUUUCACAUGAAAAGAUUGCGGCGUGAAGAUAUUGCUCACUUCCGAUCCAUUUAUAAAUUAAGGCGAUUGGUAGAGUGAUUCAAAAAUGUCUGCCUGGAAUGAAUAACCAAGGAUUAAUCGAUUUCCUUGAAAAGUCAAAAGUGUUCCUGGUUCCUGUUGAGGUAAACAGAGGAUUUAAGAGGGAUUUGAUCAAGUUACCUUAAAAUUUUAAAAAUCACUCUCGAACUACCGGAGCGAACAAAAUCCAAUCUACAUUAAUCGGGCUUGUCCGGCCCUCCCACACAGUCAUGAAGUACAUUGCAUUUUCCAGCGCUCGACACUUUGUGUAACAUAGAAGUAACCUUUCCUCUUAUCAAUAUAUUCCAAUAUAUUACAUUCUGCCUUUCAGCAACUUUCAAUAUGAGACUCAAAGGUUUCAACAAACAACCCGCAGAUCACUACGCGCGUCCCUUUUGGUCAGCGGUACCGCACAACUCUGACAGCGGACUUCAUCCAUUCUGUAUCAAUGCACAACCGCAGCACGUUAUUCAGCUUGAAUAUCUGAAAAGCCUGUUCAGAGCUUAUCCCCAGACGCUUAAGUUUGGAUUCACCUUCGUGAGCAGUUUGUGCCAUCAUGAAUCAAUCAUGCCACUUGGAUCAGCCGCUAAAGACUUUGUUACAUUUUUCCAGGCCAUACGUGAAUCUGGAUUUUUGAAUAACACGAUUUUUGUUGUCAUGGGAGACCACGGGGCGAGAACGGGGGAGUUCCGAUCCACAAUUCAGGGGAAACUGGAGGAGCGUUUGCCACUACUAUCCAUUACACUUCCUUCUAAAUUCCGUUUAAAGUAUCCAGAACUUGUGCAGAAUCUCAAGCUCAAUACAAAAGUUAUUACUUCACCUUUAGAUCUACACGCAACCUUUAUGCACGUGUUAAAAUACCCUGCCGACCCAUCAAAUUCUGAGCUUACCCGAGGGACAAGCCUCUUUUCAGCGAUCCCUCGAAAUCGAACAUGCCAAGAUGCUUUGAUUCCCGAGUACUUUUGCCCUUGUGUCCGGUGGUUGCCUAUAAAUACCAGUCAUGCGCACGUUCGCAUAAGUGCAAUGCGCGCCGCUGACUACAUAAAUAAUUUGCUUGUGGAAGUUGGUCAUCUUUGCGAGAAACUAUCAGUGGAUGACAUAAUAAGCGCAUGGCAGGAAAUGUCCAGCAUUAAAGUACAAACUUUUAAUGGCAUUGAGAACGGAAUGGGUUUAGGAUUUGGUAAAGCAAAUUUUGAAUCUACACCGACACCCAGUGAGUGCACCUACCAACUUAGAUUUCGAACAAAGCCGGGCAGUGGAGAAUUUGAGGCAUCGGUUAAAAUUAUUGAGGGGAAAUUUAUCGUGAGCGGGCACAUCAGCCGUAUUAAUAUCUAUGGUUCCCAACCCAACUGCAUCAAGGCUUCACAUCCGCAUCUUAGAAAAUAUUGUUACUGCAGCCACCAAGGCUGA